GGGAAACAUCAACAUCAUCAUCAGCUAGCUGAAGUUGCCGUCGCGCCCAUCUCUUCCUGCAGCCACCACACACAACGACUGGGUGUGAAGCUGGGAACUUCUCAGAUCACGCCGAAAAGAAGCACAACUUGAGAGAGAAAAGGGAGGCGAAAUCGUCAAACCAUCAGCCAAGCACUUAUAUAUAUAUAUAUACAACGCAGGUUCCUCAUCGAGCAUGUCUGCUGCAUCUCAGUCCGUCGCAGAGGAGGGCACACGCACCUCGACGGAUCAGGAUGACAUCGACGCCUUUCUGCGCGAGGAGGGCGUACCGACCUCUUCGAACCUCACGAGAAGCGACAUCGCCGCGGCCCUGGUGACGCUUGGCUACACGGUGGCGACCGCCUCUGUCAAGUUUGUUAUCAAGAUGGCGCUGCGUCGACUGGAUGCGUUGACCUGUGUGGAGGGGGAGCUGAGGAGGGAUGCGAUCGAGGUGGACGCGAAAAGUAACGUCGAAGCCGCAGAGCGGAAGUCGAGCACGAGUGUGUUUGGCUGGUCGCGCCACCUUUGCCGAGAAGACAAGUCCGCGGCGACCUUUCUGCGCGGCGGCUGGGCCGAGCUCGGCUUUAUGCUCGCCACCUCGGUCGAGGAAGCGGUGAUUGUGAUGGGGAUGCGCACCCUCUACCGCCGGCGGCUGGUGCAGUGGUCCGGCGGGCCUCGCAGUGGACUUGGGUGGGCGUGUUUGCACGUUGUCGUCCCCAUGUUGUUGGCGGGUAUGUUGUCCUGGCCGCUGCGAGCGGUGCGCACGGCGGUGAUGGUGAACUAUCUUGCUGACACCACGACGCUGCCGUCGUCGACAAGGUCAGAAAGCAAAACGGAUUCCUCAGAAAAGAAGGCAGCAGGAGAGGAGACAACGAAAUCGAAAAGCGGGGUGCACCGGUACAGCAGCGCGGUCGAUGUGUGGCACCGCAUCUGUCAGCGUGUGGGGCUGCGGCGGCUGUUGUGGAACGGGUUGGAUGUGGACAUGGAGGGUCGUGCCCUCUCCAUGACGCUGGUGUGGACCGUCGUACAGCCGGCGACACGGUGGAUUCGAGAAGUGGCUGCGAUGCGCGCGAGGGCAGGCGCGCCCGUGCAAAGCACCCUGCCCCACGCCGCUUCUCCACAGUUUUCGUUAGCGACUGCCACCUCCUCUCCACUGUUGACGCGACUGGGACAGCACCGCUACUUCAACCUGGCCGCCCUCGUGGUUGUGGUGGGGACGGUGAACACGCUGCAGCGGCCGUUUGUUGUGCUGCGACAGCGCAUGGCGUUGCUGCCCUCCGAGGAAGCAGAUGAGCAGAAGGAGGUGGGAGACGCGCGGCGUGGCUGCCGCUACGCGAACGGGUGGGACUGCGCACGUCAGGUGGCGCGUCGCGAAGGGGCGACCGCGCUCUUUGCCGGGCUGCCGUUGUGCCUACUGACGAGCACGCUCGUGCCGCUGGUGGUCACGUUUGCGGGAUACCCCACCGCUCCGUCCUUCUCGGGUGCCGUCAUGUGA